AUGUUCUCUAAAAUCCUCGCUCUGAGCGCUGUAUUGGCGGUUAGUGCGGCAGGACUAUUGCCCCAGCCUCACUACUCAUCGGCAGCAGCUGUCUCCUCCCAAAGCAUCGUGCGUCAUGACCAGCCCCAGGCGAUUCGUGCGGCUCCCUUAGCAAUCCACGCUGCUCCUCUCGCCUACGCGGCUCCUGUUGCCGCAUACGCCGUUCCCGCUCGCAUCGCCACCGGCCACGCCGUGUCCUCACAAAACAUCGUGCGUCAUGACCAGCCCCGUGCCGCUUACGGCAUUGCUCCGUUAGCAUACGCAGCUGCCCCGGCGCGUUACGCCGCGCCUAUCAUCAGCCACGCCGCUCCUGCGACGAGACUCAUUGCUACCGCUCAACAUGAGGAAUAUGCUUACCCACGAUACGAUUUCUCUUACUCUGUCGCUGACGGACAUACUGGUGACAACAAGUCCCAACAAGAAAGCCGCGACGGUGACGCCGUCCACGGCGAGUACUCACUCCAGGAGGCUGAUGGUUCGGUGCGCAGAGUACAAUACACCGCAGAUGACCACAACGGCUUCAACGCAGUAGUCAGCAACUCAGCCCCCGCGCGCCAUGUUGCCCCUGCCCCUGUCAUCCUCGCUCAUCAU